GCUUCACGAAUCACGAUCUCGGAUCUAAACUUUCAACACUUUCAAAGCCCAUCACUAAUUUGAAGUGAAGUCAUUUCUGUUGCAAUUUGAAAAACACAAAAACUUCAAUUCAAUUGUAAACACAAAUAAAUACUGAUUUACCAAAUAAAUUUAAUAAAAUUCAUAAUAAUUUUAACUCGCUUCAUUAAAUUUACUUUAAAAAUGCCCCGAAAAAAGGCAGCUUCAACGAAAGUCAUUCAAGAAGGCAUCCUUAAACAAGAAAAAGAUAUAAAACUUGAACAAGAAAUCAAACCUGAAAAUGAUGAAAAUUCCGAUAAAAAACAAGGUCUCAAUUUAGAUAAAUUUAAGUUUGAAAAGAAGCCUCAUGUAAAAAUUGAAUUCGAAAAAGAUUCCCCGACAAAAGAGGAGAAAGGCUUAUGGGAGCCUCCUCAUUGGAAAGAGUUUCUUGUUAAUCUACGCAACAUGAGAGCCAAUAACGAUGCUCCUGUGGACUCCAUGGGUUGCCAUAUGUGUAUGGAUGAAGAGGCUCCACCUAAGGUGAUAAGGUACCAAUCACUUAUAUCUUUAAUGCUAUCAAGUCAAACUAAGGAUCAAGUAACAUUUGCAGCCAUGGAACGGCUCCGCAAGAGGGGAUUGACUGUGGACAGUGUACUCGUUAUGAGCGAUGAGGAGUUGGGAAAGUUAAUAUAUCCUGUUGGGUUCUGGAAGACAAAAGUAAAAUACAUUAAGAAAACAACACAAACUCUCAAAGAGCAGUAUGACGGGGAUAUACCUGACUCAGUAGAUAAGCUUUGCAAGUUGACUGGUGUUGGACCAAAAAUGGCACACAUUUGCAUGAAGGUUGCUUGGGACAAAAUUACUGGCAUUGGUGUAGACACUCAUGUACACAGGAUAAGUAACAGAAUAGGAUGGGUGAAGAAACCCACACCUACUCCUGAAGACACUAGAAAGGCCUUACAGUCCUGGCUGCCGUUCGAACUAUGGAGUGAAGUCAACCAUUUAAUGGUAGGCUUUGGCCAAACAAUAUGCCUCCCCAUUGGUCCCAAUUGUGAGGAAUGCUUAAACAAUGAUAUCUGCCCCUCCAAGCAUCUUGCCAGGAAGUCUCCUAAGAAAACUCCAACUAAAGUUAAAGAUGAAGAUGUUAUAAAAGAUGAACCAAUAUCAGACAGUGAGGAAAUAACAAAUACAAAGUUAAGUGUAGAAAAUACUGUGCCAAAAGUUUCACCGAAUAAAUUAACUGUGAAAACUGAAGCUAAGUCACCUCUUAAAAGGAAAGCUGUUAAAAAUUUAAAAGAAGACUUAAAAGAGAUGGAUAAAGUGACUACAACAAAACAGAGAAAGGUGAAAAAUGAAAAUAAAAACGUUGGAUUAGACAUAAACGUGGAUGAUAAAAAACCAGUAACUAAAAGGAAGUCACCUAGAAUUAAGAAUUCUAAAGAAUCAUAGGAUUGGUUAAAAAAAAAUUAAAUUAUGUCACAACCAGUGAUUUUGUUAAUUUUAAUUUGCAUGUUAGGUUUAGGUAUAGAAACUGAAAAUUCAGGCUUCUCAGUUUUUUCACAACAAUGUUAUAGCGGUCGAAAAUGGCCUGAAUUGCUUUGAGAAAAGGAUGGUUGGCCAUGCCGCUUUUUUGCUUGACUUGGCAGAUCAAUCAACAAUAAAUGUAUUGAUUUAAUGAUUUGAUGAGAAAAACUUCUCAUCUCAAAUUAUCUACUCUGCAUUUGAUUUGGUUAAAGAUAUUAUGCUAUCCAUUGAUUGAUUUUUGUUUAUUGGUAAACUGUUUAAAUUUUGAUGGUUGUGGCAAAGACAAGUACAAUAAAGUAUUUUUGUAUUGUUUGUAUUUAAUGAUUAAGUCAUUUGUAGUUUGUUAUUUGAUAUGAUCAAAAUACCUCAUUUGUUAUAAGUGGAUUUGUAAGAGAUACAAUAUUUGGAAUAAAAGAUUUUAAUGUUUU